AGAGAGAGAGAGAGAGAGGGGAGAGGCUGGGGGAGAGCUGAAGAGGACAAGAGACUUGAGCAGUGUGCUAAAGUGAAGUGAACGGACGACAUUGUCUCCGAAUAUGUGAAUCAUUGAGUUUUGCAGCUCGGGAACAACUUUUAAUCCACUCUAAUCAAACUGUUCGAGAUCUUGCUUCGCACUAAAAGCCACGGAAAACCAUGGGAACGUCUUGUGGACGCUUGGAUUAAUCAACGUAUCCACACUUUAAGCCUUCAUCGUCAAAGCAAACAGGAUGUCCUACCAGGGCCAACCGGACUUCACGUCCUAUAAUAACCAAAGACACCCCUCCCAAUUUCCUUCCCAAGCUCAACAACCAUAUAUCUAUCAACCACAACAAAUUCAGCCCCCGCUGUUUGGUCAUCCUCCCAAGGAGGUGGUUGAGACGAAAUAUCUCGUUACCCGAAAUGGUCCCCUCGGGACCCAAAGUCAAGCCAAUGCGGCGGCCACCUUCUUCGCGAGAUCCCAUCAACGACAUCCAACCAAGACCUCGUCAAACCACUCUUCGCCUUUGACAUCAAGGCGCCAAAGGCAACCAGGCGGAGGAAGCAAUUCCAGACUAUCCGGCAAUGACAGCUCCGAGGAGCGGGAUCAAUUUCCAACCAACUUUAGAGGUCUCGUUCAGCGGUUCCCGCCCCUAGUUCCAAAUACCUUGCUUCGGAAGCUGGAGGUGGUGGAUCCACCUCAGGGUAUGGGUAAGAUCCGAGUGGUUCUCAGGGUGACGAAACCGAGCUCCGCCGCGUAUCAAUAUAGUGCUCAAGAUCCAGGUUCGGGGAGGAAUCCCCAUCAGCACUUUGAAGUGGAUUUGAAGAGGAAGCAGGUUACACUCUAUGAUCCGGCCAUCUUGAGGGGUCAAAACGGGAAUUCGGAUGUGGCCAUUGAGGAGCGGAAAAUAGGGGUAGCGGCCCCCAAGAUGUUCGCCUUUGAUGGUAUGUUCACAAGUGACGAUACUCAAGAGGAUUUAUGCGGUGCUGCCUUGCCCGAUGUGAUCCACUCGGUUCUCAAUGGCAAUGAUGGAUGCCUCUUCUGUUUUGGUCAUGCAAAUCUGGGCAAGACGAGAACCAUGUUGGGCAGUGAUCAAUGUGCCAAAGACAUGGGGGUGAUUCCCAUCACGAUUGCUUGGGUCUACAAAGCUAUCAAGGAGCGAAAAACAAAGAUGGGAUCUCGUUUUUCUGUCAGAGUGUCUGCCCUGGAGAUCACUGGUCAACGUGAAAGUGUUCGUGAUCUCUUGGCACCAUACAACAACGAGAACGAUGAGUCUCCUGCCGUGUAUUUGCGGCAACUUCCCAUUAUGGGAAGCUGCAUGCAGAACCAAAGCGAGCUGAGAGCGUCGUCGGCUGAAAAAGCCGCCUAUUAUCUCGAUGCGGCUUUGGCCGGACGAUCCCUUGAUGCUCAAGGCAGAGAAAGUCAUCUUAUAUUCACACUCCAUAUUUAUCAGUAUUCCGUGUCUGGACAAGGUGGCAUGCUUGGAGGUCGUUCCAGAUUGCAUCUGAUCGAUUUUGGAGGCUGUGAGAGAACAAAGACUCCCGGUGGAGGCAUAACUCUUUCAGGCCUCGGCAACGUGAUUCUGGGUAUUUUCAAUGGACAAAAGCAUUUGCCUCAUAGGGACAGCAAGGUGACCCAAGUCCUUCGCGAGUGCUUGGGAUCACUCACGUGCCAGGCAACCAUGUUGGCACACGUCUCGCCCGAGCCUAGUCAUUACUCGGAGACCUUGCACACCAUUCAACUCGCAUCCAGGCUUCAUCGAUUGAGAAGAAAGAGGAUGAAGGCCCAUAGUUCCUCAGGAUCGACAUGCUCAGAUGAACACCGAAGGCUAUCAAAGUUAAGGAGUCAUCGAAGUGGGUCCUCGGGGAGGUCUAGCUCCGAUCUGACCUCGGGUACCUCCACGAAUGCCUCGUCUAGUGAAAUGUCAUGUGAUACUGUGGUUUAUAGAGGCCAUUCCGAUGGGAGUGGGACAGACUCGGAGCACCCACCCAUUUUUCUGGGCUCGAGAAUGGCUUCCGGAGGUAGCUCUGGGGGCAGUAGUGCUCCUGGCUCAUUGCGAGGCUCACUCGAUGAAAUCCCACGGCCUUUAUCUGGAGCCAGUCGACGAAAGAAGAUCUUGACAAACGGGGUCAUUUCUCCCCGAAGGAAUUUAUCGCCUCAGCCUCAAAUUGCUCGAUCACCCCACCGGUCUCUCUCAAGCCUGCCAGUCAUUCACGAGGUCAACACUCACUCGGGAAAGAUGCCCCUCAAUGGCCUUGUUCCCGUCCAAGGCCGUCAACAUCGUCAGAUAAUUAACCACGCCCACCAUCACAACAACCACUACCAACAACAACAACAACAGCAGCAACAACAAAUCCAGCGCUUAGCUCAUCCCGAGCAGUGGAUUGACGUUAAUCCCAAUUACAAGACCCAAUCACAGUCAGUAUUUUCCACGCGUAAAGAGGUUUGGAUUGACCAGCCUUCGAGUUCCAGCCCUGCCCUGUCAUCGGGCUUGUCCUCCCAUCCCUACCCGUUGACGCGUUCCCCAGCUGUCCUCUCAAAUCCCCCUAAACUCUACGGCUACAUGGAUGAGCACAAAGCUAAUAUGAUUACGACGUGGGUCGAGAAUCAGACACAAGCUCAUGGGACGGCGGAAGACCUGACAACAGACAGGGGGCAAGUUUUGGACAAUAACCGCAAUGUCAGCGACAAUCAGAGUCAGAAUGUCUUUCAAGCGUUAACUCAGUUCAAAACUUGUGACAGUGAUGAAGGAGCCGAGCACAAAGUGAUUAUACAUCAUCAACCUCCGCCUCCGUCUGCUCCUUCUCCUCCUCCACUUGCACCACCUCUGGAUGAAGCCAUCGGCGAGGGAGAUAACUUGUGUAGGACUGCUCCAAAGCCCACUUCCCAACAUCAGCCAAAGCAGCAGUACAACAACAACAGCAAUAACAACAGCAACAACAGUAGUAGUAGCAAUGCUCGUCAAUUUCAAGGUGGCCACAACCCUCCUCCUCCCCCACCUCCCCGUCGCACGCCCCCAAGAACAACAGCCAACUUCAACGACUUGGUGAAUGAAUGCAACAAAUUAGCGGGACAUUUCGACAUGAAUUCAAUGAACCAAAAUGCAAUCCUCCCCUCCCCUUUUGACACUCCAUCAUCUCGUGAGCUUGAUCUACAGCAUCCAUUAAGAAUCUUGAGCGAGGAAAACCUCACGAUCGUGUCUAGUUUCGCCGGGAGCAAAGAUGACUUGAGAUCGAACGGGGAGAAUGAUCUUGACGAGGAAUGUGACCCGAGCAAGCUAUCGUUCUUCCAAGUGCCCGAUUUCAAUUCCAUCAAAGAUGAUAUGGAGAAGCAAGACAACUUCAUCAGUGAGCGUUUCCGGGAAUUUGCGCAAUUGGAGAAGGAAUGCCAUUCGUCAAACCAGGAGCGGUCCGCUAAUGAUGAAAGACCCAAUCACCAGGAUCAUCAUCAUCGUCUUACUUUUGCCCCGGCUCCUUCAUCAGGAACUAAGAAUGCCCCCAACGACGUUCAACUUCAUUUCAUCCCCAGAAACGUCAACAAUAACAACAGCAGUCCUGAAAACGAGGAACGACAUGUGGCACCAAUGCCCCAUGAUCGAUUGAGACACCCAUCUAAUGCCAACUUGAGAGAAUCCGUUCGAAUGAGCCCACAAAAGCAGUUCGAGAUGCUCGCCCAAUCUCUUCGUCAUCCCGAUGGAUCUUCCAAUCCGGAAUUGCACGUUAUCGAGAAAACCAUGAUUUCCGUUGUGGCAAAUCCGAGUCGCUCACCAGGCAAUGGUCGUUCAAGCUCAGAUUUGGAGGAUGAGAACCUCAAUCAUCCCUCUAGCUCCUGCCGACCGUCCUCGUCAAGAACAGAAACGACGACCGACAGUGUCAAUGGGAAUAGCUUUGUGCCCGCCAAAACCUCGACACUUUGCAACGAAAAGUCCAUGAUUGGAAAUUCCUCGGUGAUCUCGGGAGUCGCAAAGAGCCAGCUUGAAUGCUCUAAGGUAAACGCAACGACCCACAACAAUGACGAUGUUGACAAUAGAGCUGUUAAACAACGCGAUCAAAAGACGCCAAAGACAUCCAAUCCCCCAAAGAAGGAACGGUUCGGUUUUAGAUUCCUUCGAAUUUUUGGUUCCUCCCGCAAACUAAACAAUAACAACAAUCAGAAAGGCCGCCAAGAUCAGGCGCAAAGCAACCAAGGUGAGCGGAGGUCAAAAAGCUGUGACAGAGGGGCUUCCAAUCAAAUCAGACCAUUGGUUGGGGGCAAUGGUGAACCUCAUGCCUCGAACAACAAUGGGUCUUCAAACCAUUCCAACGGGCGGUUUCUACUGCGGGACGGAGGGUUCUUUCGAGCGAGCAUGAGAGGUGCCAGUUCAAGCCCAAGCAUCAAAUUGGGCGCUGAUGAGCAACAUCAAAGCCGGAGAAAGGGUGGCUCCAUUAUCAAUAUGAAUGGAAAAGAUGGUCUUGAUAACAAGCACAAAAUGAUGAGAAUGACGACGACCAGAGGCCAUAGCAGUGGUCGGGUUGUUUUUGAUGAUGAUGGCGAUGAUGAUGAGAGGCGUCCAAGAGACAAAGAGGGUGCCAAUGGAGCGCCUAAUGUGAUGGAAAUAAGUGUUACUCCGUCAUCGUUGAGCGGCUCCACCGAAUGGGAGUAUGAAGGGAAAGAGGAAGAACAAGAACUGGAAGAGGAGAGAAGAAGAGGAAACGAAGAAGUCAUGCUGCAGCAUCUUCAAAGUGUUUAUGGCAAGCAUCUUCUCCCGCCGAAUCUGUCCAAAAAUGACAGGAAGAGCUCUGGUUAUGACAGUCUUGGCGGUGACGAGUCUUCCAGUCUGGAUUCGAAUCAAGAUCCGGACCCUUCGAGCCACAACAAGAUCCCAAAGUCGGCCCACUCUGUCGAGUCAGGAGACAUUCCUUACGCUUCACCCAACGACAUCUACCACACACCCCAGGAUGUGCAGAUUGUGCAAUACGAUGAGCUGGAUAUUUUGCGCAUGGAGCACCGCUCCAAGACAUUCGCUUGAAUUGCCCGCCAAUACUCAACCUGCCUUGUUUACUUUGCUUUGUUUUCUUUGCACUGGCUUUCUUUCUCUCUCCUUGGAGAGCGUCUGGCCCGUCUGGCCCGUCUGGCCCCCGGACUGUGGUGGAGACAAGGAGCGAGAGCGGCGAAGAGAUUCCCGGACUCAAUCUGGGAAAUUCAUCUCAAAAGUCUGCUCAAAUCCAAUCUUGUUUCCCUUGGUAACUAACCAAACAAGUACUACAUACAGUACAUAGAUGUCUACACGCACGUACAUACCGUAGUUGUCGGCUCUAGAUGAAACACGAAUUGCUGUCUGUUCUCACAUGUUUCCUUUUUUUCAAGAAAAUCAGAAAAGUCAAUAAAGAAAGAAAUGAAAAACUUA